UUUAUCGGUUUUCCACCGAAUACUCUGCCGUCGGCUCGUCGCCCCCGCGCUCCACUCGACACACUCCGAUCUGGACAGCCGCUGCCAGCACUCCAACGGAUCCACCCGGCCGCCCGGCGGCGACCAUGGAGGAGGAGCUGCACGCGCUGCUGCGCGACCUCGACGCGCUCAAGCAGCUCCCCGACCCCGCCUCCAUCGACCGGAUGCGAGAUCGCGUGGUGAAGAUGAUGGGCCCGUCCGGCGCCGCUGCCGCCACCCGGUCGAAGAUCAAGGACAUGAGCGCGGAGGUGCUGGACAGCAACCCCUACAGCAGGCUCAUGGCGCUGCAGCGGAUGGGGAUCGUCGACAACUACGAGCGCAUCCGCGACUACUCUGUCGCCAUUGUGGGUGUAGGUGGUGUUGGUAGUGUCGCUGGUGAGAUGCUCACUAGAUGUGGAAUUGGACGCCUCUUGCUAUAUGACUAUGACACAGUUGAGCUGGCUAACAUGAAUAGGUUGUUCUUCCGACCGGACCAGGUUGGAAUGACCAAGACUGAUGCUGCUGUGCAGACACUUAGCGAAAUAAAUCCCGAUGUCGUAUUGGAGAGUUAUUCGUUGAAUAUCACUACAGUGAAAGGAUUUGAAACAUUUUUGGGAAGUCUCAAAGCCAGGAGCUCUAACGGGCGCAGCACUGGAGUUGAUCUUGUUUUGAGCUGUGUUGAUAACUAUGAAGCUCGUAUGGUUGUCAAUCAGGCUUGCAAUGAGCUUCGCCAAACAUGGAUGGAAUCUGGUGUGUCUGAAGACGCUGUUUCUGGUCAUAUACAGCUAUUGGUUCCUGGUGAAACUGCAUGCUUUGCAUGUGCUCCUCCAUUGGUUGUAGCAUCAGGAGUGGACGAGCGUACACUUAAGCGAGAUGGUGUUUGUGCUGCUUCUUUGCCAACUACAAUGGGUGUUGUUGCUGGACUGCUGGUCCAGAAUUCUCUGAAAUAUCUGUUGAAGUUUGGUCAAGUUUCCCCUUACUUGGGAUAUAAUUCACUUAAGGAUUUUUUCCCGACAAUGGAAAUGAGACCAAAUCCACAAUGUUCAAACCCAGCAUGUCUUGAGAGACAGAAAGAAUAUAUGCAAUCAAAACCUGCUAGAGAUGCAGCGGCAAAGGCUAAGAUGGAAGCUGAAGCAUCCGCAGCAAUUGAAUACCCGGUUCACGUGGAUAACGAGUGGAACAUUAGUGUUCUUGAUGAUAGUGACACGGCAACGUCAAGCGUUCAAAGGGCUGCAACAGACAUCCUUCCAGAAGGCCUUGUCCGUGAACUUCCAGAUGAAGAUUCCUACGUGGAGCCACCUGCUGCACCAGCUAGCUCCGGUGCUAUCGACGACGAUCUCGAGGAGCUCCAGCGGCAACUCGACGCUCUAAACUCAUCUUGACCUCGCGCGGAUCCGGCUCAAGCAGUGCGAUGAAAACCCAAACCAGAUACCAUUGUUUGCGUCCCUUCGGGCAGAACUAGCGAUUUCAGUCGAUAUAGCCUCUGCCCAGCAGAGAAAUGUUAGCUGCAUUUUCCAGUCAUGCAAUUUUGAAUCGGGCGAUGUAGAUCUUAAGAGGCUUAUCAGAGGAGCAGCUUAUGGAAGCUUGCUAUAGACAAAGAGGUUUGAUAGAAAUUGUGAACCGUGACAGCAUACUGUAAAAUCAUGUUAGUAGAUUGGAACUGAACUUUCCAGCAAGAAGUUAAAAAAUACCGUAUUUUACCAAGAACGUA